GCCACAGUAUUACAAGCUUUUAGACGAAUGUGUUUCUCAGGUAGUUCUACAGAAAAAUGGAUCUGACCCAGACUUCAAAUGCAGAAAAAUCUCUCUGGAUGUGGAGCAUUUAAUAGACAACUUGAUCGACAAAACCAAAGUACAAAUCAGCGAAACCAAAGCUGCGGAAUUGGAAAAGAAGCUUGAUUCGGAGUUGACAACUCGCCAUGAACUACAGGUGGAAAUGAGGAAAAAGGAAACAGAUUUUGAAGUGAAACUCUCAGAACUUCAAGCAAAGCAACAGGUGCUAGAAACAAAUAAAAUUGAGGUGGAGACUGAAUAUAAGAAACUGCUGAAUGAGUAUAGUCGACUAAAGGAUGAG